AUGGCGUCUCCCUUGCAAGAUUUGCGUUCUACAAGCGCUGAAAGCACCACUGAGGUGGUUUCAUUCCUUACAGACCCUGCGGAGUUUGGUAACGACCCGCGCAUCUCGUGGUCAAAGCCCGACAGCUGUUGGAUCCUAGAGCGGGAGGACGGCGAAGAGUUUCAUUUUGAUGCUGCCCGCAAGAAAUGGGUUCUUGAAGUCGACCCAGAACUCAUCCGCCAGCAACAAUCCGCAUACUUGUACCACGGCGUCGAAGAGAAUGACACGGAGGUCCCUCACCCCCGAGAGCUCAGGGCCCGCAGGAAGGCCGAGAGGGCCGCGGCACCCAAGCCAAAGAAGGCUCGUGUCAACACUGCCGUAUUUGUGAGCAAACUCCCACUCGAUGCCGAUAAGGAAGAGAUUCGCCAGUUGUUUGCGAAGUAUGGAGUCAUUGCGGAGGAGAUCUCCAACGGUGAACCGAAGAUCAAGAUGUACAAGGAUCAAGAUGGGAAGUUCAUUGGUGAAGCUUUGGUGGUGUAUUUCCGACCAGAGUCCAUCCUUCUCGCGACUCAGAUGCUUGACGAGACGGAGUUCCGUUUUGGUGUUACUGCUCCUGGUGGCCCGAUGCGGGUAGAGGCCGCCGACGACUCAUACAGGAAGAACAAGAGCGAGGCGGCGGACAGGCCCAAGCAUACCGCCAGUGAAAAGAGGAAGAUCAUGGACCGCAUCGAGGCACUCAACAGCAAACUUGCGGACUGGGACGACGAUGCUCCUCCUCCUGAGAGAAAAUUCACCCGGGCCGAGCAUAAUCUCGUCUUGAAGCAUAUGUUUGACAAGGAUGAACUCGCGGCCGACCCUACCGAUAUGAUCGACAUUUCAAUGGAAAUCCGCGUGGAGUGUGAAAAGUUCGGAGAAGUGACCAAGGUCACCCUUUGGGAUGAAGAGCCCGAGGGCGUGGUGACUGUUCGUUUCAAGGAUCCGAAAGACGCAAUCGCAUGUAUGGAGAAACUACAGGGGCGUUAUUUCGACAAAAAAGCCGUCGAGGCUUCCAUCUCUAAGUCUCGUCAGCGAUUCCGCAAGUCUGGUCACCGACACGGGGACGACAGUGAUUUCUCCGAGGGAGAACUGGAGCGUCUUGAUCGAUUCGGCGACUGGUUGGAAAGAGAUGAGCCAAAGGCAAAGAAAGCCAAGACCGAGGACGUACGGGCCACGGAGCUAGAGACCAAAGAACUCGGGGCCGACAAGCUUGAGAUCGAUGGACUCUAG